AUGAAUGAGCUGGUGACUGUCGUCUCCAAAUACCCCACAGAAGGAUGGCCGAGCAUACCGUUUGUCUCCGCUAAAGAGUUCCUUCACUCUCUCGCUGAUGAGCACAUCGUCCAUCUCCAAGUCCAAAGAAACCUAGCUGAGAGCCGAGCGGAUGCUGAAAAACGAUUUUUAGCUCGUCAUAGAUUCAAGGAUCUCGUCUCCCGCCACUGCUUGGAUGAUAGCGGACCUUUCAAACUCUACUGCGACGACUUGCAACCCACGAAUAUGCUUGUAAACCCAGAAACCCUUCAGAUAACCGCGAUCCUCGAUUUCGAGUUCACGAAUACAAUGCCAGCACAAUUUGCCUACGACCCACCUUGGUGGCUUCUCCUCUUGGGACCCGAUAUGUGGCUCGAAAAGCACUCAAUGGAAGAAUUCUUGAUUCGCUACGAGCCCAGAUUGGAACAAUUCUUGCGCGCCUUGCAACAAAUAGAGGCCAAAGCGAACCUAAAAGGAGAAUCGAGCGGUCCGCCUCUUUCUGCUCGAAUGCGCGAGUCUUGGAAGACAAAAAGGUUUUGGUUUAAUUAUGGUAUUAGGAAGAGCUUCGAUGUAGAUGCUGUAUAUUGGGCUGCACUUCAUGAGGAUGGAGACGACGUGCUUGACGAGGGAUCGAAGGAAGAAAUGCGGAAGCUGGUGGACUUGAAGAUGGAACAGCUAAAAGCUUACGAUGCUGAAUGCAAGCUUCGCUUCGCUUCAUAG